GCGUUAUUCGGCAUGCCUGGUAGGGUCCCACGGACCCAUACAUGCACUUUAGAUUAUGUCAUUCAUUCAAAUUUAAAAUACGCGCGUUAUAGUCUUCAGUAGCUGACCGUUAGGAGUUGCUUGACGCCCUCCGCCCGCUACCUCAGUCCGGGACGCGCUCUCUUAGCAGUAAGACGCGUGUAAAGCGCGUGCGGGACUCACAGACCCGACCAGGCAUACGUAGUGACUUUUUUAUUUACACAAUGGGGGAUUCUCUGCGAGAUGAAGAUAUUGCAAAUUUCUUAUUGGAUUUAUCAGAACAAGACGAUGUUAUUUAUAAUUCAAGUGGAGACGAGUCUGAUCACGUCAGUGACUACAACAACAGCAAUUCUUCUAGUUCGGAGGGGGACGAUUUUGGACCAGGAAGUGCGGAUGUUGUGGAAAAUGAUUCUGAUUCUGAAUCGGAUGUGCCAUUGUCUAUGCUAGCUUCACAUCCUUCAGGGAGAACCUAUAAAGGUAAAGAUAACACUAUAUGGUACAAAAAUCCCGCUAGAUAUAAUGUCCGAACACGAAGCGAGAAUAUUCUUCGAAACACUCCAGGUGUAAAUCUUCAAGCACGAGAUUCAAAAUCGGCCUUAGAGUGUUUCAAUCUUUUUAUAAAUGAAACCAUGUUACUUGAGAUAGUGACACAUACAAAUGCACGAAUUAGAACAAUCAGGCAUGGUUUGAGUUGUUCAAACGAAUAUUCAUAUUCAGAAAUUACUUUAUGUGAAUUGAGGGCAGCUAUUGGACUCACUUAUCUUGCGGGGCUUUAUAAAUCUGGAAGACAAAAUUUACAAGAUCUAUGGUGCAACGACGGGACAGGAAUUGCUAUUUUUCCUAUGACUAUGAGUCUGAGAAGAUUUGUAUUUAUUAUCAACCAUUUAAGAUUUGAUGAUUCCAGUACACGUGAAGAAAGACAGUCAUUAGAUAAGUUAGCGCCAUUUAGAAAGCUGUUCGAAGAUUUUAUAGCAAAUUGUCAGUCAAAUUACACACCUUUUGAGAAUUUAACAAUUGACGAAGAGCUGGUUGCCUUUCGUGGGCGCUGUAAAUUUCGUCAGUAUUUACCUAGUAAACCAGCUAAGUAUGGAAUUAAGAUAUUUGCGCUUGUUGAUGCUAAAACGUAUUAUUCUUUGAAUUUGGAAAUUUAUUUAGGAGAACAGCCACAAGGACCAUACAAGGUCAGCAAUAAACCACAUGACGUUGUUGACCGUCUUGUAACACCUAUUUCACAAUCAGGGCGAAACAUUACAAUGGAUAACUGGUUCACAAGCUAUCAAACUUUUCAUCAUCUAUUAGAUCAUCAUAAACUUACUGCUGUUGGUACUAUGAAACGUAACAAAACUUGCAUACCUGAAAAAUUUAGAUCUGGAAAUCGUGAAGAAUAUUCGUCUCUAUUUGGAUUUCAGCUAAAUUUGACACUAGUAUCCUAUGUGCCUAAACCACGAAAAAAUGUGUUUAUGCUUUCGUCUCUUCACCAUGACAAUCAAAUAGACGUUGAAACAGGUGUGAAACAAAAGCCUGCAAUG